GAAAUCAAGAGAUCAAUUAGAAUAAUAUAUCUCCCUAAAUCCUAUUCACCCUAAUCUCUCGUCUCUUCUCUCUCAAAUCAAGUUGCCAACCACUCUCUCUUCUUCUCCCCUACUUCCCCAAAUCUCUAUUUCCUUUCUAUACGAAUCCCUAAACAUUAAUCAAUCCCCAGUCCCACGAACAUUCUGAUAAAAUCCUAGAAAAAGGUUUCUAUCAAUACAAAAAUUUCUUGGCUAGAAAAUAGUUGAUAACCCUCUCAUGUGUUCGUUAGAUCAAAGAGUUAAUUGGUACGAAAUACAAAAGGAUCAAGUGUAGAUAGAGGGCAUACAUCAAAUAUUCAUGAGCAACAAUUAUGCAUAGUCAGCAGGGGCGAAUCCAGUGUAGAGGUCAGGAGGCCAUGGCCCUCGGGAAUUUUGAUAGUCAUGUAUAAAACUAGGUAUAUGCAACUUUGUAACAUAAGAUGUAAUAGUAGUUGGACGCAAGAAGUUCACAAUUUCAAACAGGUGGUUGUGAAUUCGAACCUGGAGCUUGAAACAAAGCUUAGCAUUUUAGUCAUUGGUUAUUCUUUCCCCUUUGAUUUUGAGGAUUGUUAUUCGUCGCCCUACUUUUUACUAAUCAUCGUUCUAAAUUGAUGUAAAAAGUAUUAUAUACCCUUAAUGAAUAUCAUAUUCUCAUAUCAAGAAUAUGAUAUUCAUUAAUGAUAUUAAUGACUUUUUACAUCCAUUUAGGGCGAUGAUUAGUAAAAAGUAGGACGACGAAUAGCAAAGCAUUAGUAAAAAGUACCGCUCCAAAAGGCUGAAAAGGCACGACCAACCACCAUGUCCCUCCCUCUUCUCGUUCGUCAUCAAUCUCUUCCUCUCUGUCCACCGUGCAGUAUCUCCACAAUCCACCUCCCUCAAAUCCCCAUCUCAUCUCCAUCGACUUCAACCAACUAAGAACUAUUGGAAGAUGAACUGCAGCAGCUUGAGCAGUCUGAAUCCUUUCAGGAUAAGGAUUACUUAAGGCGCGAAAGUUUAAAUAGAGUUAAUAAAGAAACGCUGUCGUUUGAGUUGUCAAGUCUAACCGUUUGGUUUAUUCAUUUUAGGUCCCUCUCUUGUGUCAUGUGUACCUUUGAGUCCAGUAGAGUUGUUAGAGUCGUUAGAGCUUUUGCAGCUAUAUGGUAGAUCAUGGUUGUUGGUUUGUAGGAACCAUGAGUUAGUGGUAAAGCUCUUCAAGCCAUGUUUGUGGCUAGAGCAAGUGAGUCUUUAUAUUCUGGACAGUUACUAUCAAUAAAGCUUGUCAGAUUUCAAGCAACUGGGUUUACAUUGGGGGUAUCAGAGCCCACGCAAGCUGUAACCAAAAGCUUUUAAGCAAGUUUCAGAGAGAUAGAGAUCAAGUCUGUUGUGAGUUACAGACUGGGGUUGGGAAACACGAGUGUUUUUCUGUGAGGUGAUUUAUUAUAGGGAGAGUGAAAGUUACUGUCAAGUAGCUAUGGUUCUGGCAGGAUGAGUGACUCAUGAGGCUUUGCUCAAGUUGGUCUUCCAAGAUUUAAUGGGGACUAUGACCAUUGGAGUCUUCUGAUGGAGAAUUUGCUCAGGUCAAAGGAGUAUUGGGUUGUAGUUCGUGAUGGGCUGCGAGUGUUGAAAGAAGGAGAAGAACUGAAUGAUGCUGAGACAAAGGCUAUGAAAGAUCUGAAGCUAAAGGAUCUCAAAGCCAAGAAUUAUCUCUUCAACUCCAUCGACAAAACCAUUCUCAAAACCAUCUUCAAUAAAGGUACUGCCAAAGACUUAUGGGACUCGAUGAAACUGAAAUAUCAGAGCAAUGCUAGAGUUCAGAAAUCUAAUCUGCAAGCACUAAGAAGAAACUUUGAGAUUAUUGAAAUGAAAGAAGGUGAAUAUGUGACUAGCUAUUUUAGCAUAAUCAUGCCCAUAGCAAAUGCCAUGAGAAGAUGUGGGGAUGAGAUGCCUGAUGUGAAGAUAGUUGAAUAGUGUUAAGAACUCUCACGGACAGGUUUAACUAUGUGGUUUGUUCUAUUGAGGAAUCAAAGGACAAUGAAGAGCUGUCUGUAGAUGCUCUUCAGAGUUCUCUGGUUGUUCGUGAACAAAAGUUUACCAAAAGGUUGUUUGGAGAGGAGGAUCAGGUGCUCAGAAACUUUCAUAAGUUUGGCAGUAGGGGAUGAAGAGGUCAGGGAAGAGGUUUUUAUCUAGGGAUAGGGAGAGGAAAAAGUGGUAGAGGCUGGAAUACGGAUGUUGUGGAGUGCUAUAAGUGUCAGAAACUGGGACACUACAGGAAUGAGUGCCCAGAAUGGUACACUAACCAGCAAGUUCAAUAUUCCAGCUCUAGUACUAUGUAGGAUCAGAAGCAAUUUGGGGACAUGACAGAUGAUAUGCUUCUGAUGGCUUUCGUGGAAGAGACCUCCAAGAAAGAAGUUGAUACAGACUGUUGAUUCCUUCAGACAGGGUGCUCAAAUCACAUGCUGGAGAGAGGAAAUGGUUUACUGAGUUAGAUACUGGUUUCACCUGCAAUUUCAGGUUGGGGAAUGACAUCAGACUAAACGUGGCUGGAAGAGGAAGUGUUAAGUUGAUGAUCAAUCAACUUUCAAUGUUGGUUCAUGAGGUUUUCUAUGUCUCAGGGCUCAAAACCAACCUGCUAAGUGUUGGUCAGUGGCAAGAAAAGUGACUAUCUUUUCUGAUUCAAGAAGGCAACUGCAAGAUGUUUCACAAAGAAAAGGGUCUUCUCCUGCAGACUGAGAUGAAGUCCAACAGGAUGUUUGUGUUACACAUAGCUGUGGACAAACAUAACCAGUCCUCUAACAUCCAAUGCCUGCAGACUGGAAGCACUUCAGAAGCACAGUUGAACUUGUGGCAUAGAAGGUUUGGACACAUCAAUACACAAAGUUCCAGGAAUUGCAGAAGAAUGAGCUUGUUUAAGGCUUGCCACAGUUGCAAGGCAGCAAUGGAUUUUGCAGCACCUGUCUAAUUGGGAAGUAACACAGAAAUCCAUUUCCAAAGAAGAGUCAGUGGAGAGCCCAAAACCUUCAAUUGGUGCAUGCUGAUCUCUGUGAACCUAUAAGGCUAUAACACCUGCCUCCAACAUUGGUUAGAGGUAUAUUUUUACCCUUACUGAUGACUAUAGUAGGAAGUUAUGGGUUUAUUUCUUAACUGCUAAGUCAGAAGCCUUGAAUUGGUUCAAGAAGUUUAAGGCACAAGUAGAAAAGGAGAAUGGAGUGUUUAUCACUUGUCUCAGAACAGAUAGGGGAGGUGAAUUCAUGUUAACUGAGUUCAAGGAGCUAUGUGAUGAAUCUGGUAUAAGAAGGCAGUUAACAGCUACUCUCACUCCUCAGCAGAAUGGAGUAGCUGAGAGAAAGAAUUGAACUGUGAUGAACAUGGUCAGAUGUAUGAUGCAAGACACUCAUGUACCUGUUUCUUUCUGGGCUGAGGCUGUCACCUGGACUACUCAUGUGUUGAACAAAAGUCCUACAAGUGCCAAUCAAGGGAAAACUGCUCAAGAACCGUGGACAGGACAUUCUCCAUCAGUUCAGCCCUUCAAGGUCUUUGGUUGUGUGGCCUAUGUGCACACUCCUGAUCAGAGAAGAAAAAAACUGGAUAACAAGAUCUCAUUGUGUUGUUUUCUUGGAGUUUCAAUUGAGUCCAAAGCCUACAUGUUGUUUGAUCCAGCUACAAAGAAAGUGGUAGUGAGCAGAGAUGUGGUUUUUGAUGAAGGUAAAAGGUGGAUGGAGGAACCAGAAACAAACUCAGAUAGCUCUAAACUGAUGUGGGAUGGCUGUGAUGACUUAUGGGAAGCAUCAGAUGAUGAAGAAGAAGUGGCAGAAGAUGUUAUAACUACUGCAGAAGAAUAACCUAAUAGUCCAAAA